GGCGGGCGCUCCGCCGGCUGCGCAGCGGUGCGGCAGGCCCUUCGGGAGUCAGCCGCCCGCGGUCCGCCCCCAGUGAGCGGGCGGGCGAUGCCGCGCCGCGCAGCGGCGCUCCUCGCGGCGCUGGCGGGCGCCGCGGGCAAAUUCGACUUCCGCGGGCAGUUCGAGUGCCUCGCCGAGUCCGAGCAGGAGAGACUGCCUGGGCAGGCCAGGGUGCCGAUGGUUCUCGUACGACCCCUCGGGGGGCUGCCCGCUCUGCGAGGCCUGGUUCGGGCCCGCGGCGGAGGACUCGCGCGCCGGGCACCGGAGGCAGCCGACUGGUGCGAACGCACGGUCCUCCGGCAGGCGCUCGGACGGUACGACGGUCGCCCUGAUGAUGAUGUAUUUCGAGAUGCCAUUUCUCGGUACCAGGUUUCUCAAGGAAACGGUGAAUUAGGAAACCCUCACCAGAAGAGGGCGGUUUGCAGCGUGUGGUGUGACUUCAGCGACCCUGGCAAUUGCACGGCGAAGCUGAGAGCGAAGCAUGAGGUGAAGGGCGUCAACUACGGCGGCCGCCUCGUUCCAGAGUACUAUCUGCAGAUGCCCGGCAGCGACAAGUUGUUCGCUGGGAUAAGGCCGCCCGAGGAGCUCCCCCGCGCUACCGUGAGCCUCUGCGACGUUGCCCAGGCGAGCGACGCGAGGCAGAGGCUCACCCGGUUCCUGGACCUCAACAUCAACCAGGAACACUUCGAGGCAAUGGCGCUGCAGGGCUUCAACACCGUUCGGCUGCCUCUGGGCUACUGGGAGCUCGUAGGUUUGCCGGGCAACGCUACGCCCAACAGUCUCAGCGGUGAUCGUUGGAGGCACCUGCAGUACAUCAUGCCCGCUUCGGCUUACAUGAAGUGGAUCAACAAUGUCUUCGAAUACGCCGAAAGGUAUGGAUUGAAGGUCCUGCUGGACCUGCACGGCGGCCCCGGUGGCCAGACGGACCGACAACGUCUUCACGGGCUGCGACCAGGGCAAGGGCAUGUUCUUCUUCGACACCCCCUGGAACAAACAGAUCGGUGUGCAGGCGAUCGAGCGGAUGGCCGAGGUGUGUAGCGAGGACGCACGGAGACACGUGCUACGGCAUAGAGCUUCUCAACGAGCCCAUCGGCAGCGCUGGGCCAGGAAGCCCGAGCCAGCAGCUCUCGCGCACGAGCCUCCGAGACUUCUACUGGCAAGCCAUCGGGACGGCGGCACGGAAGCACAUGCGCUGGGACACGCCGAUCCUCAUCAUGGAUUGGCCCGCGUGGCUGCCUUGGUGGAAGGAGAGAAAGAGCCCUUCGACUACCUUACCCAUGGGCGUAUCGUCUUUUCCACGCACGUGUAUCACCUUGAUCGGGAUGACACCAAGAGCCAGGAGAGGACGCGGGCUGUCGUGUCCCGCGACCUGGAGACGCUGUCGGACUUCCAUUGGAGCGGGGCAAGUACGAGCUCGUGGUCUCCGAGUACGCCCUGAGCGGACACGGAUCGGCCUUCGCGGGGGACGACUCCUUCGAUUACAGCAGCCUGGGCAACUGGACCGAUGGUGAGCCAGUUCCGCGCCGCGGGGCUGGGCUCGAUGGUCUGGAACUUCGACGGAGGCGCCGUGGCUGCCGUCGUGGGGCGCGGUCGCCGCCCACCGGGUGGGAAACGACGCGGUGGACUGGACCGAGGCGGAUUCUCACUGGCACACCGCGGUCGAGGGACCCGCAGAUCACGCUUAUAUGAGGCGGGUGCGCGGGCACCCAUAAUCAGGGGCGUUGGGCCCCGUGGGGCCCCACUCCGCUCCCUCCCACUCCUCCUCCUCCUCCUCCUCCUCCUCCUCCUCCUCCUCCUCCUCCUCCUCCCAGGGUCGCUCCUGCGCGCAGCCGGCUUCGGCAGCCCCUCGCCUCCGCCCUCCCCUCGCGGCGGCGAGUUUUUCCCGGGACGGCGCCGCGCGCCGGGUCGGCUGCGGCGAGCUGCACCCGCCCGUUGCCGCGGCGGCGCCUCCGUUGCCCGUCCACGGAGCACCGCGCCACGGCCGCCCCGACUUCUGCCCGCGGAGGAGGAGGAGGGUUCCUCAGGCUUUCCGCCCAACAACCAGUUUAUGCUUAUGCCGUGUUUAGUGUUUCUGCGACGGCGGGGCGGCCUCAGGCGCCCGCCGCCGCGCAGUGCCCCCCCGCGCGCGCGACCAGAAUUCAGCGGCACGUCGGGGAUCGACGCUCGAUCCAUACAUUUCCCAUCAGGGCCCGCUUGUUCGCAUGCCAGCGCCGCCGAGCCCCCUGCCCCCCGCGCGGGGGGGGGGCGGCGAGUCGCCCAGGCGGCGCCAGAGAAAGGGCGGGCUGCUCUGACGCCGCCCGUGCCCCGUCGUCCCGCCCUGCUGCCCUCC